CGGACCCCGACGCCGCCGCCGCCACCGCGCCCAGGUGGGCGGCGCCCGGGCUGCCGACGCCAUUUUUCCGUUUUACCCCCACCCCGAGCCGGCCGGCAGCCAACGGUCCGCCGCCGACCGACCACGACCGCCACCGCCGCCGCAUCCGUCCGCCGUACGCCCGUCCGUCCGGUCAUCAGGUCUCGGCAGUGCUGCCGCGCUCCAGUCAGAUUCGAGAGGUCGCGCGCGCACCUACGGAAUACAAAUAUUUAUCAUUAUUACUAUUAUUAUUAUUUAACUCCGCACGCGCACGCGCACGCCUAGUGCCCGGUAAUUCCGAUUUCGAUUUAAGAUAAUAAUAAAAAAAAAAAAAAAAACACGCGGGUGAUAUACACCACCUAAUAUCCGACAUUACAUCAACGCCGCCGUACCUGCCCGCCCGGGUCUACUAUACGACAAGAGUUUUACAGAUUUUUCGAAUUUACGUCUUCGAAUCGGCAGAGUUCUGCGGCAGACUUCACGUUCCCGGACGACCAGCGGACCUUCGAUCCAACGCGAACGUCGAGUGAUGCACCCGAAUCACCGUUGCAGUCGUUGACGCUGUCACUGGACGGCGGUCGGACGAUAAGGCACACCACGUCGCAUUUAUAUAGUGCAACUGACGUACGAACAGACAGGUGGGAACAGGUGGACAGACAUAGCAUAACACACGAUGAUGAUGACCAACUGUCUGCAGCAGAGCGUGUGCGCCGAGGCGGCGGCCAUGCAGGCGAUGGAACUGCACCGCCGGAACAGCGGGGGCGGCGAUCAAUCGAUCGGCUGCAAGUCUGCCGGUCGCGACGACGGUUCGGCCACCGAAUACAACGACGACCGCGUGCAGCCCACUUCCGGCGGUCGUCUGAACGGUUCGGCCGAGCGCCCGUUGAAGUUCAGCAUAGACAACAUAUUGCGACCGGAAUUCGGCGGCGGCACCGGAAGCUUGACCGCGUCCGGCGGCAGUCCUCCGGCGGCGUUCAGCCCGUACGACCGCCAUCACAGGCACUACCAACCCCACCAUCACAACGUCCAACAACAACAACAUAAACAACAACACCUCAACCACAUCGACCGUCUGAGUCACCUGAACUAUCAGCUGCACCAUCUCAACCAGCUCGGUCACAACGCCGCCGGCGCUAACACGGCGGUUCGCGCGGCCGCCACCGCCAUCAACGACGCGGUCGGCCCGACUUUGUCGGAUCACGAGAAAUCCAACAGCAGCCGACGGUCCUCGUCGUCGUCCACCACCGAACCGCUGAGUUCGCCCAUCGAUCUGUCGUGUUCCGACUCGCAGACUUGCGUCAACCCGGCCAACUCGACUGCGACCGCCGUCAGCACCGCUGCUGCCGUAGCCGCCAACGCCACACAAGUUACCGCCAACGCCGGUUCCGUAGACGCAGCCAUCAACGCAGUCGCCGACAAAGAGGGCUCUCAACAAUGGCCGGCCUGGGUGUACUGCACCAGAUACUCGGAUCGCCCUUCUUCCGGUCCUCGGACAAGACGAACGAAGAAAAAAGAUAAACAACAACAGGACGAGAAGAGGCCACGGACCGCAUUUAGUGGUGACCAGCUAGCCCGACUUAAGAAAGAGUUCACCGAAAAUCGGUAUUUGACUGAAAGACGGAGACAAGAGCUGGCCAACGAGCUGGGCUUGAACGAAGCUCAGAUAAAAAUAUGGUUCCAGAAUAAGCGGGCCAAGAUCAAGAAGGCUAGUGGCACCAAGAACCCGCUUGCCCUGCAGUUGAUGGCUCAGGGCCUAUACAAUCACAGCACGGUGAUGGUUACUAAGGAGGAAGAGGAACAGCUUGCUGCAGCACAAGCUAUGGAAAUCAACGACUGAAUAAGCUUUUUUUUUAACGUCGUUUUAUUUGGCGACCUCUCAAACGCUGAUGCUGCCCACCCGACGCCAACGAUCGACGUGGUGCCUGAACACUGUUGCGAGAAAUGGGUUUAUACCUACUUACCCGUAUACAGUGUACGAUAUAUUAUAUUUGUAAUUCAAUCGUCGGGAAAAAUGUGUUGGAGCGAUAUUCGCACAUAAAUCACGACCUCGCACAUCGCCGGAGAAGAAGCGAAUUUUACAUACACAAUUUCGAUUACAUAUUGAGUUCUGUAUGUCCUGUACGAGUCUUCAAAUAUCGUCAUUUUUAUGAUUAUUUUUUAUUUUAGAUAUUUAUUAAACGAUCGGCGUACAUUUAGACGACCGAUUUAAAAAAUGUAAAAUGUGUACAGUAACAUAGUUUGAAAAAUGUGUGUGCGAUUUAUUACCUUUUUGAGAUAAAUUAGUUUGUGUAAUUGUAUAUUAAAAGCGAACAAAUGAAAAACAUUAAUCAAAACGUGUGUCCGCACACGAUUUAGAUGUUUAUUUUUAAAUUUAAAAUAAAAAUUAGUUCCUUUUGUAUUAAUUUGUUACAUUUGCCUACUAUAUUAUUAUGUUAAGUACGAAUAAAUUAACCUAUACACUA